AUGGCCAACGCCAAGUUCCAUUAUGGCUUCGAGUACCUUGGUGUCAUCGAUCGCCUCGUGCAAACCCCUCUCACGGAUCGCUGCUAUCUGACCAUGACGCAAGCACUCGAGGCUCGAUUAGGUGGCUCUCCAUUCGGCCCUGCUGGCACAGGAAAAACGGAAUCAGUCAAAGCACUCGGCACACAAUUAGGACGAUUCGUAUUAGUCUUCAAUUGUGAUGAGACCUUUGAUUUCCAUGUAUGUUCUUCCUUGGAUGUCUGUUAA